UAUCUGAGUUCUGUGUUAUAAAUGCUUUGGUGCAUGCGGCUUAACAUUAGUCUGUAAUUAGUCUUCAACAUUCGACUUUCAAAGAGUUUUAUUGUUACCGGAUAAAACGUAAUGAACCUUCACAGUUUGUAUUUGAUAUUGUUCUUGGCAAUUGGAUCUCAAGGAUCAUUAUACGACUAUGAGGAAGACGAUUUUUUUUUUGGAACAAAUUGGGUUGUUUUAGUGGCCGGUUCAAAUGGCUGGGAAAAUUAUGGACAUCAGGCGGAUGUGGCACAUGCUUACCAAGUCGUUAGAAGAAAUGGAAUUCCUGAAGAAAAUAUCAUCGUGAUGAUGGCCAAUGAUGUUGUAAAUCAUAUAAAUAAUCCGGCACCAGGAACAUUGAUCAAUAAGCCCAACGGAAAAGAUGUAUACAAAGGUAUCAAAAUCGAUUACGAAGGAUAUAACAUAACGAAGGAUAACUUCCUCAGUGUUCUCAAAGGUGACAAAAGUUCACUGUCGGGAAUUGGAUCCGGGAGAGUACUUGAAAGUGGUCCAUAUGAUAAUGUUUUCAUUAACUUUGUCGGUCUCGGCGAUCCCGACAUAUUGUACUUCCCAGAGGAAGAGGAGUUGUAUCCUGACGAACUGAUCAACACCCUUAAGGAGAUGUACAUUCGCCGAAAAUAUGGAAAAAUCCUGUUGUACGUUGACGCUUAUUAUUCGGGUUCAAUGUUCGACGGAUUGCUCGAUGACGACGAAUCGAUUUUAGCCAUCACUGGGUUUGGUCCUAGAGAUAACACAUGGCCAGAAUAUUACGUCUCAGAAUAUAACACAUGCCUGGGAGAUUUAUUCAGUAUAUCUUGGUUGGAAAACUGGGACAAGAUGAUCGAGGAAGCGUCUACUGCGGCCGCCAUAAGAACCGUCUUCCAAGAUUACCAAGAGACCCGGACCGCUGUUUAUGAUAGUAACGUGAUGUUUUAUGGUGACUUUAGCAUAGGAUUUGAAAAACUAUCGUCGUUCAUAGGAUUCCCCAACGGCGAGAGUUCUGACAACAAAAAGAAAAACAUAGUGGAUCCGUUAAAAAUAAAUUCGAAAGUACGACAACAGGAUGUAGCCGAAUACGUUUUGGAACACCAUUUAUUGGGUACCGAAGACCCGAUCAAACGCAAAUCACUAAAAAAAGAAGUUGGUCAAAAAAAAGAUAAGAAACAAUUAGCCGAUAAAAUAAUGAACGAAAUUUACAAAAAAGUUGUAAAGGAAAUGCCAGGAGUUGCUGCAAAAAUCGGUACACUGGAGAGACCAGCUCAUUAUCCACUAAACAUGGAUAUGUUUCCGUGUUACAAAAGUAUAGUCAACCGUAUAACCGAAAAAUGUUUUUCAGUUUCAAAGAAUCGACAUGUAUCUAUAAAUAUUUUCGCUAACAUAUGUGCAGUCGAUAAGAGAACUCAUCACUUGGUUAACAAAUUUAUCGAAACAACCUGCUCAACACAGUUAUGAGGAUUAACUAAAAAGCAAAACCCUCAUGAGAUUACUUAAUACUUCACAUUCAUAUUAUUAGUCUAAUAAUUGUAUAAGAUUAUAUUAUAUGUUAUCAAGUCGGCCUUAAAAAAAAUUAUAGAAGUAAAAAAAAAAAUUUCUCG